AUGUUGUCAUGCUCGCCUCUACAAGGUUCAAGUUACGGUGCUUAUAAUUCGGUUACCGUCAUGAUUAUUGUUGUAGUACCUUUGGUUGUUUUCAUAAUAAUUGCCGUCUACACAGCCUGUCUUCGUGGGCAUGAAUAUGGAAACUUAUUUUAUUAUUUAAUUGACACACUUUUUCAUUUUGAACCAAUAGAAGAUGAAAAGAGUAAAGAGGGACAAGAUAAUGAGAAUAAGUCUUCUGCAGUAGCCAUACCACGACACAGAAAAUCUCUUAAAUUCUACGAACAUAUAAUUAAUUCGAAUCGUCGUCGUACUGUAAUGUUACUCUUUAUAUCUGUCUUCACGAUUACAUCGUCCUUAGCCGUAUUUUUCGAAGGAGUUUUUCUGGCUAAUGAAUUUCUCAAACCAAAUUCAAACUGCCCUUAUGAUUAUGAUACACUAGACUGUUAUGGAUAUCAAAAAAGACUCGAUCCUUAUCCUAACUGCUAUUUUCAAUGUACACCCGGUCAGCAAACCCCUGACAGCUCUGCUUUCUUUGGUGAAGCAACGUGUUACCGCUGGGUUAUACAAGAUAUUACAGUAUUUGAUGUUUUUGGACAGAUUGAUCGUUGUUAUAAAGAUUAUAGUUAUGGUAUACGAUUAAUUAAUCGUAUGGGAACAAUAAAUGGACAAUGGUACGAUAUAUAUGAUGUCUUACAACAUAAAACAUUGGCAUCAUUGAUCAGUGAUGAUAGCUCCUUUAAUGCUAUAUAA